AUGGCUUCCACUUCCGCACCUCGAACCAACGCCGGCUACGGUAGAAUUAAGUCGGCGGCGACGGCGCUCUACUCCGACAACCAAACCCUCAUCUCUGAAAUUAGAAAAGCCACGCUUAUGAUGAAAGAAAUUGCAGUCGAUUUUGAGAGGGACAAUAAAUCUGACAUGGUGAAGGAGCUUGAAGAUAGUGUUCUCGAAUUACUGAGAGCCUCAGAUGAUUGUACUCAUCUUUCAACGGCCAUCAAGUCAAUUGGAGAUGAAUACCAUCCUGGAAAUGAGCUUACCAACUUUAGCAAGCUUCUUGAUGAUAAACUUGAACGAUUGAAACCCGAUUCAUCAUCCGCCCCGGAGAACCAUCACUGGUUACGGCAGUUUCGUGAAGCUAUAUGGAAUGUUCAUCAUGCUGGGCAGCCUAUGCCAGGUGAAGAGCAGGAGGACAUAGUAAUGACCAGCACUGAAAACAAUCUCAGGAACACUAAAUGUCCACUGACUGGAAAGCCCAUUACCGAACUAGCUGAGCCAGUUCGCAGUGUGGAUUGCAAGCACAUAUACGACAAGAACGCUAUCUUGCGGCAUAUGAGGGUCGACAUUGCGUGUCCUGUUGCAGGUGUGCUGUUUGCUUUUCAUCCCAUAUGA